AACUGUCGGACUAUUAUAAGUCUUUCCUUGAGAUGUCAGCCAAGAGCUUCAGUAUAUUCACACUUACUACUCUGCUUAUUUUCCUCCUAAAGACACCAGUCUCAAUGCAAGCGCCGUUGAAUGGUUCAAAAUGGUCUUAUAUUGGUCCUGAUGGAGAGAAGGCCUGGCCAAAGAAAUACCCAUUUUGCGGAGGAGUAUUCCAAUCACCAAUAGAUUUUCACAAAGAUAUUCUCCAGUAUGAUUCUAAUCUCUUACCUUUAGAAUUCAUAGGCUAUAAUGUGUCCUCCACUGACCAGUUUACAUUGAUCAAUAAUGGUCAUUCAGUGAAAAUGUACCUGUUGCCUUCUAUGUACAUCAGAAACCUCCCGUUUGAAUACACAGCAUCUCAACUUCACCUCCACUGGGGAAACAGAAACAAGUCAGAAGGCUCAGAGCACACAGUCAGUGGGAAGCAUUUUGCAGCAGAGCUGCAUAUUGUACACUAUAACUCUGAGAAAUAUCCAGAUGUAACAGCAGCAAUGGACAAAGCAGAUGGACUGGCGGUUUUGGCUAUUCUUCUUGAGAUUGGAUCCUUCAACCCAUCCUAUGAAAAGAUCUUCAGGCACUUCCGGAAUGUGAAAUACAAGGAUCAGAUGGUCCGAGUCCCUGGUUUCAAUAUCCGAGAACUGCUUCCUGACAGACUGGAUGAGUACUAUCGCUAUGAAGGAUCCCUGACAACUCCUCCCUGCUACCCUAGCGUUCUCUGGACAGUCUUCCGCCACCCUGUUAAAAUUUCACAUGAGCAGUUACUGGCACUGGAAACAGCCAUGUACUGCACAGAGAGUGAUGACCCAGAACCCCUGGAAAUGGUCAAUAACUUCCGGAACGUUCAGGAAUUCCAUGAAAGACUGGUGUUUAUCUCCUUCCGUGAAGGUUUUGUUGUUUCUGCUGUGAUAGCCUGUGUUCUGGGAGUGCUCAUCAUUCUUGCGGUAGCCUUCUGCCUACUGAAGAGGAAAAGCUGCAGAAAGGGAAGCAAAGACAACAGAGGAGUCAUCUACAAACCAGGCGCGUACAAGGAGGAAGAAGACAUCUCCAAACUUUGAUGCCCUGCUCUGUCCCAAAAGACCCUUUCAUUCAUAGCACUGAUUUAUUUUAUGUUGUUGUAACACCUUUAGUUCUUGGCUAGUGACAGGCCUCAAGAGUGUUCUAAAAAUGUACCAGCCACAAGUUUUCCGCAGCCCUUGUGCUCUUGUUUUCCAGGGAGACGUGACCAGUGAACACUCCUGA